CCCUUCCCCCUCCCCCCAGGGCUGCUGCAAGAACAGACAGGAAACACAAGAAGGGAAGAACCACUCGACUGCUCGCGGAGUUGAAGAGAGGCACAUGACUCUUCCCUCAAAGGGGAUAAACUUCUCAACUGGAAAAGACUGAAAACUUCAUUUCAACGAGGAUUACUGGAUGUGCAGGACAGCCUUCUUGUACGGAAAGGAGGGACUUUGGAUACUAAUACAGGUAUUUUGUGGAGUUGCUGUAUACUUUUCCAGUAUUUUCAUAACAAGAACCACACAACCUGGGGACUCUUCAGUGUUUACUCAACCUAAAUGAAAGGAUAAUAGUCCCACAUGGUUGGAUUAACAAGCUGCACAUGGAUUUUUGUGACUGACACAAGCAACCGGGUGAGGGGAACCUUUGAACUCUGUAUACGUUACAGACGUAUCAACCCGGUUUAAAAAUGUUGAACAGCACGAACCAAACUUUUAACAUCACUCCAAAUAAUUGCAACAAGACUGAUGACUUCAAGUACCCUCUGUAUAGCUCGGUUUUCAGCGUGGUGUUUGUGGUUGGACUCUUAUUCAACACGGUGUCUGUGUACAUUUUUGGCUGUACACUGAAGCUGCGUAACGAGACCACGACAUACAUGAUAAACCUCGUCGUUUCAGACUCUCUCUUUGUCCUGAGUCUGCCCUUUCGGAUCGCUUACUUCAUCAAAGGCAAGUGGCUAUUUGGAAGGGUGCUCUGCAAGAUCUCCGUGGCCCUGUUCUACACCAACAUGUACGGCAGCAUCCUCUUCCUCACCUGCAUCAGCGUCGACCGUUUCCUGGCCAUCGUGCACCCGUUCAGGUCCCAAGCUAUACGUACUAAGAGGAAUGCCAAACUGGCCUGCUGCGCAGUAUGGGUGAUGGUUCUUUCCGGAAGUAUACCCACUGGGUUCCUUUUGAACACCACCUCCCUCACAAAUGUCGAAGCCUCCUCAAACUACUGCUUUGAAAACUACUCUAAAACCCAGUGGAGGGCUGAGCUGUCCAAGGUGGUGGUGUUUAUUGAGACCGUGGGCUUCAUCAUCCCCCUGAUGGUCAAUGUGUUCUGCUCGGUCAUGGUGCUACGGACGCUGAGUAAACCCCAAACCAUCAGCCGCGGAGGGUACCUCAACAAGAAGAAAAUCCUGAGGAUGAUCGUCGUGCAUCUGCUCAUCUUCUGCUUCUGUUUCAUUCCCUACAACGUCAAUCUCAUCUUCUACGCCAUGGUCCGCACCAACGUCCUAAAGGGGUGCGACGCAGAAGAUGUGGUCAGAACCAUCUACCCCAUCGCUCUGUGCUUGGCAGUGACCAACUGCUGCUUUGAUCCAGUCAUUUACUAUUUCACUUCAGAGACCAUUCAGAGCUCCUUUAAGCGCAAGUCCACCGUGUGGCACGCCAAGCUAUUCGACAGGCUACAGGUGGACAGCGCACAAAGCAGUCCGAACACGACACCCAAACACCUGACCCUGACCAAUCUCAGAACGAAAACGCUCGACAACGAGUCUACGAUCUAGCGGCGACUGUGUUUAUGGGACAUGAUUAAUGAUUCACUGAUUGCUGGUGGAAAUUCGAUUUGAAUCUGAGGACGUAGGUGGAAGCAGAGUGGCCUUGAAGAUCAUAACACAUGAACAAUGGUUACUAAGGAGUCACUCUCUCGUGCGCUUGACACCACCGAGACUUAGGACACUGAUCUGUUUACAGUCAACAGAAGAGUGGGACACGUCAAAGAGGAAACAUUUAAAGUGUGUUGCAGCCUAAAGACCCUUUAUCAAGGUGCUAAUUCACCACUCACAAAGUUUGAAAACUCUUUAUUCUCAUGAGUUUAUGUGUAUUAGUGGCGAUGACGGGUGUCGAAGCCGUGCACGGUGCUGCGAGUGAGCAUCGGCCUUUGUGAGACAUUGUAAUUGUAGAGAUUCUCACUCAGAAAGGCUUUGGCAAUGCUGAACAAGUAUUACAACAAUGUGUUAUGUAGUGUACUGUGCAGGGUCUAAGUAGCUGUGGCAGAAUGUUCAAUAACAGCUUUACCUGUUCUACUGAAAGCAAAUAAAAGUUGUUAAAUUAAAAGGUUUUUGAUUUGAAAUUCACUACUCGUUGUGAAAUAUUUGACAUUAGCAGGGGGCCUGUUGUUCUUUGGGUGAUACCAAAACAUCUGUCUGGACUGAUUCGUCAUACAGGUGCCAACAACAGAGCUACAGGUACUGUGCCAUGAAUGCACAAGACGUCAAUGCGUUUUAAAAUGUAGAUUACAGGUGUGGUCAAUAUUUGACAGAUGCAUUGCACCGGCCAACGCUGCAGUAACACUGCCAGUGGCCUUAUCUAAAUAAGUGGACGUAUCUGUGAAAAAUGUUGUAGCUGAAAAACGAGGAAUUACAGAGAAAAACAUCGAACGUUACUGCAGUUGGAUGAGAAUAAUCUAAAUCGGUUUCCUACGGACUAACAGGUAAAGUGAAGACACACAUCUCGCAGUGAGAUAUUCUGCAGCUUGAUUGUGUUCAGUCUUGUAAAAGCUGCAUGCUGCAAGACCGAACGCUGCUGCAUUCCUGCUGAGAGGCCGAGCCCGAGGAUCCGCGCUGACGAGGGCGGACUCGUUACGGCACCGGAUUGUGAAACAUAAGCAGGCGAGCAACAACAUGCCCCAUGAGGGACGAGUAUGUUUACAAAACCGAGCACAACUCAAAACUGGCACCCUCGAGACAAGUAAAACAAUUAGCCGUUACUUGAGUCUCGCCCUUGCGAUGGGCUUCUAACGCUACGAAAUGCAAUACAGAGGAACGGGCUUCUAAUCAAGAUGCAGCUGGACUUUGUCUAUCCAACACUAAUCAAAUAUUUGUGCUGGAUUAAUGCUUUUGAGCAGAAAAUAUCAUUAUGACUCAAAGCUGACUUGAUAAUCAAAAAACCUUGUAAUAUAUCAAUAAUAAACGAUAAUAGUGACCAUAACAUAAGAUGUAUUUUUUAUGAGCGCAGGAGAAUAAAUUAGUUCUCGAUCAAGACAUGCCGUGUCCUUCAUUUGUUAUUUAUAUCUAAUUCCAAAUUUGUCUCACGAGGGCCAAGUGGUGUGUAGCGAAGUCGUAAUAUGUAUUAUAAAUAUAUAAUUAUUCAAACAUCCCAAUUUGAUUGUCAAAGAUCUAAAGUGGAGAACAGAUGAAUUACUUCUUCUCUCAGGUGCAAAGACUAACAUUUUGACAGAACAUACAUUCUAAUCAUUUGUAUUCAUUGUGACUCGAGGCCGACACACACGAUAUACACGGCCGUGUGAUUAUUACAGCGCCUUCUUUCAGUGAAUUAUUCCUCUACCUGUGUAGUUAAUGAUCAACUCCAAUCCCUUGUCCGGGUUUUUAACAAGCAGCCAUAAACAUGACGAUAAUGAAACAAUCUGUGGCCAACUGUAAGAUGACCAAAUUAAGUUGAAUGUGACAGCUAGUUGGUUAAGACCAGAUGACUGUCUAUCCUCGAGCCAACCUAGUGACCCUGACCUGUGUGUGAGUGUAGGCGUGAACGGCUCCGGUAGCAUGUUGCACCGUUACAGCCUCCUAACAAGUCAUCCUGCUGCUGGACACCAGCUCCGUCACACUGCCAUCGAUGAGAAACUCAGACCGGUGAGUGAUGAUGUUUUCUGUUUGAGUUUUACACACACAGUAGAGCAACACAUGGAGCCAGUAACAGACUGUAUGAAGAUAUUAUCAUUCAGGUUUAUCUGAAGACAAGAUAUGGAAUAAUGUUCAUUUUAUGCAAUAUUUGAGAAUUUCUUGUGCUUUUACAAUUAAGGGUUAUGUGAUGACUGAAUGAUUAUACAGAAGUUGUGUUCAGAUCACCAAAGCACACGAUAGUUUAGAACAGUUUGAAAAAAAAAAAAAAAGUUUUCAAUUCCUUAUCAUGUCAUUGAAAUAAAAUGUCUUCUCAAAUAAAUUUAAGAGAAUAAAAAAAAGAGAACAGAAAAGGACAAGCUGAAUGCUGACUGAAAGUAAGAGUAUAGUGAGGAUCAGCGUUCUUGUAUUUUGUGUUGUAAUUGUAUUUUUGAAAUGAAUGUUCAAAGGCAAAGUGUCUUCAGAGCAUUAGUGUUUGGAGAACAGUGGGAGCGCUCUAGUAAUUCCUCAGUCAGUGGUAUUGUUUCAACUCAAUGUUCAUUUGGUGUCUUCAGUGUGUGGAGUUGUUUAAAGGCCG